AUGGUGGCUAAUAGGCUAGAUCAGUGGAAGCGGUGGUUACCAGCUGCAGAGUGGUGGUAUAAUACUAAUUUUCACACUAGAUUGCAAUGUACACCAUUUGAGGCUUUGUAUGGUUACACCCCUCAGCAACUAUCUGUUGGUCCACUCUUGGAGAACAUAGUGCAAGCCGCUGAAGAUGUGGUGAUACAGAGACAACAAUUUCUACAAUUACUCAAGGACAAUUUAACCAAGGCACAAGCAAGAAUGAAGUAUUAUGCUAAUAACCGGAGGACAGACAGGGAAUUUGCAGUUGGCAAUAUGUUAGCAUUGCCACCUGAAUCUAAGGUGCACCCGGUGUUUCAUGUGUCACUCCUCAAGAAGAAAGUAGGUAAUCGUGUAGUGGUUCAAUCUAGAUUGCCUUCUACUGGUUCAGAUGGCCAAUUCUUAGUUCAACCAGUGGCUAUUCUGCAAAGACAAACGGUGAAGAAUAAUAAUACAGUUGUUAUCCAAGUGUUGGUGCAAUGGUCUAACCUUCCACCUGAAGAUGCAACUUGGUAA